UUUUCCUACGAAAGGGGAGGAGAGAGAGGGAGGGAGAAAUUGAGAUUACUAAAAGCCAAAGCUUUGAUCUUUCAUCAUCAAAGAGAAAAGGAGAGAGAGAGAGAGAGAGCGGGGGAAAUAAAAGAAGAGGAGAUAAGAGAGAGAAAUGAACAGGGCUCUCUCCUUCUCUCUCUUCCUUCUCUCUCCUCGUCUUCAUAUCUUGAGCGAAUCUCUUUUCCCCAUCUCCUUGUCGCUUUCUGUUUUCUAGUUUUCUUCUCCCAAUCUGGAGGGAAAAAAUGGCGGUUUUGGGCAGUUGAUGUGGUUUUCUGGAUCUUCUUCCAUCUUGGGACCAUGAAGUCAGGGACGAAGAAAGGGUGCAUGCCUUUUCACUUGAGUAGAAAAUCUUCUGCGCGGUUUUGUAUGUUCCAGAAAAUCCGUGCGGCCAGCAAAACUGCAGGCGAUGCACCAGUUUACCUUAAUGUGUAUGACUUGACACCCAUGAAUGGUUACGUUUACUGGGCAGGACUUGGGAUAUUUCACUCAGGAAUUGAAGUUCAUGGUGUGGAGUAUGCAUUUGGGGCACAUGACUAUCCGACAAGUGGGGUGUUUGAGGUGGAGCCUCGACAGUGUCCAGGCUUCAGGUUUAGGAAAUCAAUAUACAUGGGCACAACAUGCUUAGAUCCUAUGCAGGUUAGAGAAUUUAUGGAGCUUAACUCUGUAAACUACAAUGGUGAUACCUACCAUUUGAUUGGAAAGAACUGCAACCACUUCUGCAAGGACAUAUGUUAUAAAUUGACUGGCAACUUAAUUCCAAAAUGGGUGAAUCGACUUGCAAGAAUAGGUUCCCUCUGCAACUGCCUACUUCCUGAGGCCCUCAAGGUUGCUGCAGUUCAUAAUGAUCCUGAUUAUGAAGCUGAAGAUGGCGAGAAAAGGAGGCUGAGAGGCUCAUUCAGUUGCCUAUCUUCCAUCUCAAUGCGCCAGAAGCAAUUAUCAUCUUCUUCCAUCUUCAUGCCUUCUCCCUUGAAAGGAUGCCUUCCACCAUGGGAGGUGAGAAAAUCCAGUACCCUACCUCUUAAAGAGAGGUAAGAAUCGUCUACCCACUGCAGAGAGAUUUUCGGACAUCAGAUUGUUGAUAACUCUUUCGCUUAUUGAGCCAAAUCAAAGCGUGUUUUGUAGGCUUCUCACAACACGCAGUAGAGGAAGAAAUGGAAGGAUGUCUUUGUUCAUGUUAAUACUCAGUGAAAAAUGUUUUUUUUCGUUUUCCACUUCCUUUUGUCAUUUGGUUCAGAAAUUCCUGUUUUAUUGUGUAGUCCUAUGUCCUGCUGAUUUUUAACAUCUAUGGAGAUGCUGUUUUCUGCUCUCCGGAGAGAAACUAGCGUUCAGGGAUCUUUCUGUUGUACUAUCGUUGCACACUGAAGCUGCUGUGUACUCAUUCUA